CUCCUCCUCCUCCUCCUCCACCGGGUACCGGCAUCAUGGAGAGCUUCAUGCUACGCGGACUGCUGUUUGUGUGCCUGCUGUCCGUCAUUUGUCAAGGCCAGGCGUCACAGGACGUCUAUGCAAAGGACUUUGGAGUGAACAAACCCGAGCCACUCGCAGACAGAGACCUGAUGGAAGUACUCGAGGCUCUGCUGGGCAGGAUACAUCAUCGCAUUUCCUCCACUGAGAAAAGAGGAAGCAUCCCUGUGUGUGGGAUGGGUGACCGGUGUGCCAUGAAGUUCGGCCCUCGCAUUGGUAAGCUCUGUGACUGCAGCAGAGGAGCCAACUGCAACUCCUACCUGCUCAAGUGCAUCUGACACACUAAGGACUUUUCUUUUUUUUUCCACUAACACAGCAUCUCUUGUGCAGGACCAACCAUCCUUUAUGACCUCAGCAAGCUUCCAUAAACUGACACAAACCCUGACUCUCCUCUUACUGUCGGGCUCUAAUAUCAUCAUACAUCUAUAUCUGUUAUGCAUUGUUGUUGUGUUGGCAGCUGUUGGCAUCUGUUGCCUGAGGAUAACCAUGGAUGUUGUGUUGCUGACAGUAUUGAUUAUCUACUAUAGCAUGUUAAUGUUUCAUGUUCAA